AUGGCAGAUUUAGAAGAGAUUGGUGACAGAAGUUUAGGAGAUCUUCCAGGCAAUUUGUUCAUGUCCAUUCGAGACCACCUGGAUACAAAUGAGCAGAAUUCUGGUUGGAGGUUGUUUGUGGCAGCUUUGAGUGAUGAUUACGAUCAAGAAAACUUUGAUGCUCUUGAAAGGGAAUCCAGUCCAACAACUGCACUGUUGAAUUUGUUAAAAGCUAGAGGAAUGACAAUAAGGAUGUUUGUACAUUAUGCUAUGAAAUAUGCUGAUGCUUCUCAGGAUUAUUCUCUUCUGAACCUCUUUAAUAUAUUCAUUCCAGUUGAGAUUACCCAGCAGCCCUUGGAGGAAAUGCAUGUGUUGGAGGGAGAGAGAGUGACCUUGACAGUGAAGGCUAGAGGGAUUCCACCUCCAAGGUUUCAGUGGUACAAAGGUAUCGACAAACUUGAGGGAGCCACCAGUGGAAUAUUUUGUUUUCUUGCAGAAAGUGACAGUGACUCUGGGGAUUACUGCUGUCUGGUAUACAAUAAUAAUGACCCAGCCCUUCUUAGAUUGACCAGGCCUGUUACGAUCAGAGUACUUCCAGCUCCUGAGCUGGAAAUUAAAGAGCAUCCUAGAUCAUGUGCCAUCACCGUAGGUGGCAAUGCUUUAUUUAAAUGUGAAGUGUGGGGAGACUAUGAUGUGCAGUACCAGUGGUUUCUGGAUAAUAACAUGCUACACGAUGAGCCAAAUGUUGUCCAAGGUUCAAACACAAGUGAGCUGCGACUCUACAAUGUGACCCAUGCCCAGUGGGUAGGCUGUUACUCCUGCCGAGUGUCAAGAGAGCCCAGCCAAGAUGCUGUGAUGUCAAAAGGUGCUGUAUUGCAGAUAAUAAACUUGCCAGGUCAAGAAACAAAGUACACCGCCACUGACAAAGUUGCUCUGCUGAUUGGCAACUAUGACUAUCGUAGUGCCAACCCACUGGCUGCACCAAAGUAUGAUGUGCAGACUCUGUCUAAUAUUUUUCAGUCUCUUGGUUUUAAGGUGGUUUCCCUGCUGAACCUGACCAAAGCAGAGAUGAUUGCAUCUGUACACGAGUUCGGGAAGCUAGUUGGCGUCGGAGUGUACUGUGUCUUUUAUUUUUGUGGCCACGGCUUUGAAGUUGCCAGCCAGUGCUAUCUGGUGCCCACUGAUGCUCCUGUAUUGUACAACUACAAACCUUGUGUGUCCGCCGACAGCAUCUUCAAGAGCUUGCUGCAGCAGGAGCCACAAAUAUGUUGUAUGAUAUUAGACAUUUGCAGGAAAUCGCAAAAUGAACAAACCAAGCCAGUUACAUCAGAGAGGGUUGUAGUGGAGAAAGGAAAUGCUAUUUGGUGUUAUGGGACGUCGUAUGGAUUAGCUGCAUAUGAAAGAAAACAGUAUGGUAUACUUGUGAGUCACCUGAAAAACAUCCUGAGCCAGCGUUGUGACAUUGAGACUGUCUUUAAAAAUCUUCGUGAAGCAAUCAGCAAGGACCCACUAGUAAAUCAUGAAUCUAGAUACAAACAGAUUCCUGAGAUCAGAACGAAUCUGCUGGAAGUACACAGAUCAUUUGCAGAUCCUAUUGUCUACAGAGGCCAUACAGAAGCAUUUAACGUUAGACAGUUGCUUUGGGAUAAUGCACACAGAAAACCUGACCCCAUAGAGCUGGUGUUCCCAUUUUCAGAUUUUACUGUGACAGUGAAACUGGACUUCCAGCAAGAGUUUUCUAAUGUUCUCAAGAUCUACACUUUAGUUCUGGACCCUGGCCCAACUCAGAGUUGCACUGCUUUUGUUAGUGCCAUUCCUGUUGAUGUUGCAGAGAAGGCAAAGAUUCUGACCAUAUCUGAGAGCAAAAACAGCAGGUUUUCUAAAAAUUAUGUUGUUAUUAACAACAUACAGCGGCUGAAGUCUCCCAUGAAAAUCAGUGUAACAGUCAUGUGCAAGGGACCAACCGAAGAGAAAACAUUGACAAUUGCUCUGGGACUGCCUCUUGUCGCACAGCUGCAGCUGUGGAAAGAAAGACCAGAUCUCGACUCAAAGAGACGAGCAGAGGAAGUUGACGAGAGCCAAGAAGUUCAGAAUUUUACUGCAGAUUUCCAAGAUUUAAAUUGUAGAUAA